AUGCUCAAGAAACUGUAUGGAGACCACCAAGGCUGUUGCCCUAACUUUGCUUCUCUCCUGUCUGUCCCACAUGCAGAGAAGCAGAGGGAGCUGGCUCGGAAGGGUUCUCUGAAGAAUGGCAACAUGGGAAGCCCAGUUAAUCAGCAGCCCAAGAAGAACAAUGUGAUGGCACGGACAAGGCUCGUCGUUCCCAACAAGGGCUAUUCGUCAUUAGAUCAGAGUCCAGAUGAAAAGCCACUGGUAGCCCUGGAUACGGACAGUGAUGAUGACUUUGACAUGUCCAGAUAUUCCUCCUCGGGAUACUCAUCAGCUGAGCAGAUCAACCAAGACUUGAACAUCCAGCUGCUAAAGGAUGGGUACCGGUUAGAUGAGAUCCCAGAUGACGAGGACCUUGACCUAAUCCCCCCUAAAUCGGUCAAUCCUACCUGCAUGUGUUGCCAAGCCACCUCCUCCACCGCCUGUCACAUCCAGUAGUGAGGCCGGCAGGCUGUGAUCAGUGCUUUCCACUAUAACUGUAAAACUUAACAGCCAUUGCUUCCUCCUAUGGUAGGACGUGCACCUCUUUGUGUUCAUGGAGCCAGGAGAAACCCAAAAAUUCAUUUUAUGAUUGAUUGAUAAGUUAUUUUAAACUAUUGUUAAACAAAAAACAAGUUGCUCAAAGUGCCAGGCAAUGCCUGACACAACUGACUGGUCUGAAAAGUGAAUGCAGAAGGGUCGAGAGACCGUUCUGGGGGUUUUGUAGGCACCAGAGAUAUUUCGUAAGAUGUUAGUUCCAGAACAGAAAGUUGGGCUGCAGUUAAUCCUACCUGCAAGAUCAAGAGGUGUCAAGGGGUUUUACCUGAGGUCAGUUCAUAGUUCAUUCUAAGCAUGAUUUGAUCUAUGUAACCAAAAUUGUACCACAAUAGAGGCACAAAUGGCAACAGAACAGGGCAUCCUUUCUUAUGGCAGCUCUAGCUAGGACUAACACAACACAAUUCAUUCACUUGCAAAGAGGGCAAAUAGGUGGCAUUUCACUGUGAGUCAGUACUAGCUAGAGCUGUUGUGUCACAUAUCCAAUGCAAUCUUCCUUUGGCACCACAUUAAGUUAUUUCCAAACACAUCACAUUUGAUCUACAAUCCAUCCAUGCUCCGAGGGGAUUCAGUCUUUGACUGAGAAUGCCAUACUCAUGAAUUCAGUUAUACCGACUUCAGCUUAUGCUUAAUUCCUGUGAGACCCAUUUGUUUCCAAAAGUCUCCAACUUCGUUUGACUAAGAAAAAAUGAAACCUGCUAAGACAGGAACUGAAGGUCAGUGCCAAAAAAACUAGUAGAAGAAAGCAUAUUUUUACAGAGCUUGGCUGUUGAUAUUCUUUUGAAACUGCAUCUUUUGGUGCCUGUGGGAGAGAUUUGUUAACCUUGUGGUGUCAGACUUUAAGGGAGUUUUAAGCAACAGAGGGAUAAUGAGCAGAUUCAGCUGGAAAAAAAAAGAGCCACAAGAGAAAACCAUUAUUUAUCGCAUCUCUGCCCACUUAUGAACCAAGCUUUGUCUGUUAGAGCUGUCCCAUAUCAGGACCAAUUGUGUCAUGAAAUCUGGCAUUACAUUUCCUUUCUGGACUGAAUUGCCAGCUCACCAACAGAUUGUUUUCAACACAAAAUGAUUUCUGGAAUUAGGAGAUGUCCUUUCCUGCUCAGCUUUACACUGCUGGCUUCAGAAGACAUGGGACACAGAUGGUAGAUGAGCUAGCUUCAUUCUCUGAUGCCAUGAGAUCUUUGACACAAGCACAACUGUGUCCUUUUCUGCUCAGCCAGAAAGGCUGCCUGCAUUAUAUCAGCACUUGCUUUAGAGACUGGUGGAGGGAAAAGUUUUAAAUUUCCUAUCAGAAUUCCCCUGGGCCACAAGAAAGAAGUUGGCUGCUCUGAAGUACAGAUCUCCUGCCUCAGAUUUACACAUCAUGAUCUGAUUCUUUAAGAAGUCUCAUCUCUCUUAGUGAUGAGAAGGCCCCUUAACACCCUGAGUAUUUUUCUGUGCAGUACAAGUCAUGAUGUCAUGCACACCAUAAGCAUAAGAGCAGGCAUUCAGGACUCCUGGGCAUUAUUCAGGAGCUGGCUUCAGACAACUAUGAAAGAUGCUUUCCCCCUUCCUAAAACAGGACUAUUGGCCCUAUCUGACAACAAACAGAAAGAGAUUGAGCAAGCUUGUUUACUGAGCAUUUCCGCCUCCUAGUGCAGAAGUGCUGAUUAACUUGUCAACUCCCUUAGGAAGAGAGUAUUCCUCAGUUAGAACUCCUCUCAAUUUCUCAUCAUAUAGCAGUGAUGAGGGAGAGUAUUUCACAAAUGUUUCUAAAGAAGUACAAAGCUUCUAGUCCCCAGUUCCUCGUUUCUUUUGUGUGAGAUGAGCAAGUUGUCUGAAAGGAUGAGGGGAGCUCUAAUGUGUUGGUAGAAAAUAUCAAGGAGUCUAUUUUUCAAAUGCGGAAUGCGGUCAAAACUUUAAAGAAAUCCCAUGGUCUAAGUAAAUCCUGUAGCACAUGGCCCAAUCUCUUUAAAGGUUCGCACUUCCAAAGCAGGAUUUUACAGUUCAGCAUCAGUACCAUAUAACAUCUUCAUUGUGCUUACCCUCCUGAGUCAGUGUCUGUGCCUUCUAGCCAGGCUCCACACACUCAGCCUUUCCUACAGUCCUUGCUCAGGAGCUCAGAGCAUUUUGGUGAGCUUCUCGAGCCAUGAGAUGUCUGUUUCCAUGGGUCAGCCCUUUCAAACUGUAGAUCCCACAGGUCACCAUCACACCACCUUCAUGUUUCAACAAGGAUCGAAGGAGACAUGCUGAGAUGAGUUUCUCAGGACUGCAACUCUCUGUAACCAUUGCACCAUGGCACCUCAACCAAGUCCUUGUUUUGCCCCUGUUGCUGCUUUUAUCUGCCUGCCACGUGGCUUGAGACAUUUUCCAGUUCCCGCAGCCACCUUCCACCCUUUGCAUUGUGUGAUGGGCACCUGCUUCCAGCAUAACUCCUUAAAGUCCUUUGGAGGGAGAUACUCACUUGCACAUGGGAGUGAGAUUAAUUUAAAUGUUAACCAGGCCAAUGCUUCCUGCAAAUACAGACUGAAGCACAGGCCCAGGGUUUCUCCCUGCUCACAGAAGGAUUUAGUUGCACAAAUAGCUGUUUUGGCAUGAUAGUACAGGACCAUAAAAUGGCAAUUUUUUGGCUUCUCCUCUCUAUGCUUUGUGUUCAUAUAUUUUAUUAGGGGAUUAAAGUAGAAAUGGUGGGGAUAAGUAGUUACCUGUGUAGAGUCAUUAUCAGGAAGGCUGAAUGAAUUAAGGCAUUGCACGUGUGGCUAUCAUAGAAAACUGAUCACUAACCCUUCUGAAUUGCAGCCCUUUCAUCAGUUACAAUCCUGAGAUGUGGUUGUUGGCUUGUUACAGAACAUGAUUGCCAGCCCAGCGUUAUGUGUUAACAGCGGGUUGGGUUGGCUCUCCCUGUCUCUCUUGUUUUCAGACUUUUGUUUCAGCCGUAAGGUUUUCCUUGUGCCCUCAUUAAAGGUUAUGUUGUGGUGGGUUCCCAGGAAGGAGUACACGAAUGUGGCCACUGCUCUUUUACACCACACCAGCAGGUUAUCUGCUGCCAUGGCUGGAGAAGGUUAAAGCAAGGAGCACAGCCUCUGACUCUUUGCUGCAGCACUGUAAAGCUAUAAAAGCUCUGCAAAGAUGCUGGGUGCUCUCCCAGCUACAGUUUGCUUGCAAGAAAGAGAAUCAUUUAUUUGCAUCAGUGUUUGCACCAUACCAGAUGGCCUUUUCAGACCCUAUUUUCCGUCCAGAAUGAAUACCAGAGGGAGGUAUGCCACUGAGUAUGAAAGGUUGCAUUACUGUUCAUCUAAAUUAGCAAGCAGUUAAGCUACUUUAUAGUGACGCCGGCACCUACAACAAAGGAAUUUGAUGCCUCCUAAAGCCAGACCAGCUUUUUGCUAGGAUUUUAAGUGCUUUUAGUCUCCAAAUUACUAGAGUUUAGGCAAAUCCUUUCCUCAUAUUAGAUGACAGCUGUGCUCUUUAGCAUGAGCUGUCUUUGGGCUGCAAUGUCUCAGUGCUCAACUCUGUUUCUCCAGUCUGCAAACUCGCCAUUUCCAAAUGUCUGCUUAUCCUCCCAGUGUCAAAGAAGGUCCUCAGAUAGCAGGAUCUAGUCUGCUUUUCUGUUGGCUGUAUAAUCUUUAGCUGGAAGAAGGCUGAUGUCUAAAUGACCUUCCCAAAGGCUCCUUUGAUCUUGCCAGACUUAUCUUGAAGCCAGCCUUUGGAAGAAGCACUGGAUCAAAUCUGAUGUUGCUGCAUGUCGGCCCCAGGGUGUACAUUUGGCCCUUCAGUUUGCUAUUCUCCUGUGACCAUGUUGCCUGCAGAUGCCUUGCAACUUGCAAAAGCAGAGGGCCAAGCCUGGAGCACAGACUUCAAAAGGGACUUCUAGAUGCUGUGCUCAGCUGUAGACAGGACAGACUCAGCUGCUCUGGUUUGGCUCUCCAUCUUCUUUCACAGAAGGAGGCAGCUGCUCUGCUCAGCUGUGUGCUGGCUGACACACUGGUCUGAAAUCCUGAGCAGAAACCUUCCCUGUCCAUGCAGUGUGUCCUCAGGGUGGCCUGCAAACUGUACAACAGUGCACAGGAAGCUUGAAAAGUGCAGCACCCUGCAUGUGACUCAGCUGCAAAAUGAAGAUGCUUUUGAAGGAAGGAGAGUCCCAGCUGAGCACCAGAUGGAAUAAUAGAAGGAAAGCAAGCAAUAACUGGAAAGGCUGCCAAGUGCUGCCUUGGCCUAGGACAGGUCCCAGUAGUCCAAGCUUAUCUGCCUCAGUACAGUGCUGAUACCAGCAAGGAGCAAAGCUUGCUUUCAGAUGCACGCUCAAAAAACACCGUGUCCCUCAGCCGGCACUGCAGCUAAAAAUACUACUGCAGAGACUCUACUGGACCAUCAGAGUACAGAAAUGAGAUCUUGCUGCUUCUGGCACAUGUUAGAUGUUUUCUCUAGCCCCAGGCAAGUCACAUCCCCUCUAGACAUCCAUUCUCUUCUGCAAUACUGGGAAGAAAUCUGCCUUCCCAUGACACUACCACCUUGCAUGGAUGUUACUGAGUGUACAGUGAGCACCACUGUUAGGUUAGCUCUGCAAGCAAGAUGCAAAGAGCAUGCUAUUAAAGUUUCAUAAUUCUACAAAGAACAGCUCUUCUUUCCCUCAGUUUACCAGCUUCUGGUUGUAUUUGUGUAUCAAUGCUGCAGAGUGGAGCUCAGUGGAAAGAUUAAGCAGCUUUAGGGACAGAUGUUUGGCAAAGAUAUGUUUCCGAGUUUUGCUGCUGCCUUUGUACAGCUGGCUACUGAAUGUGCCUGCUGACACAGAGAAUGUGUAGUAACAUUCAGUGGCCCAACAGCACCAUCCCCUGCUAGCAGAGUUAAGGGAUUUCAAAGUGCAGGUAGUUUUACAACUCAGAUAGUGAACUCUAAUGGAAUGGAGGAGAUCACCAUUUGUGAUAUUCCCAGGGCAGUUUCAUGCUUUUAUUUUUAGCAUUUAUGUAACAAUAUGAGAUGUAUUUGUCUGGUCUCUCAAUUUUUUCCAUUCUUCCUUCAAGCGCACAGGGGGUAUGGCCUCUCCCACCUAUCCCAAAACAGGCUUAUCACCUGGCUGCUGCUGGGCUCAGCAAGCCCAGGCUGCACAUGCCACCCUGAAUGUACCCUGGUUUUGUCCUCUGGCAUCCUUCAGAGCUGACUCUUCACAGCUUCUGUCUCUCUCUGCUUUUCAUGUCUUGAAAGUAGAUUUUCACAAUUGGUCAGAAUGUCCUCUAGGAGGACACAACAUCCUUGUUAUUUCCAGUCAAGGCUUUCUUGUGCAAGAGAUCACUCCAGACCUUGAACUGCGCUUCAUCAGACAAAUCUGCCCGUUGUAGAACUACACAACUCUGAAGCAGAAGAGCCAUCAGCUUAGCACAGCAGGGUCAGUUCUGACCUGGGAUUGCAUACAGAAGGUUAAUGCCACACUAACCGAGGAGCAGGGUUCUCACAGGAACUGCCAACUGAGAUUUCACACCCCGUGUAGUGCAGCUGAAUUGUUGCCUUGCUUCCCAAAAAUUACAGCUAUAUCCUUUCCUGUUAUCCCAAACACUGGUGGCAAUCCCAGGAUCACAGUGGAUAGAUGCUGUCUGGCUGAGCACUCCUCUGGCAGCCUGCUGGGAAGGCAAGGGCCAGAGCUAACUGAGGUUACGUGGAGCAGAGCAUGCAGAUUGCCAUGGCAGAACACACACACACACCAGGACAGACUGCAGCUUUCCCUGGCACCCAUAGAGAGCAAUUCUUCCCAUUGCUUCCCAGACCAAAUUGCCAGCAGAAACUGGUGGUGGGUCUGAGCCUUUCUGUGAAAAGCUGCUUCAGCCAAAGAUGCAUUUGCUUCUGGAAGGAACACAUCUUGCUGAUUGCACCCAGUCUGUGAAACAGCCAUUUCCAUGGCAACAAAUGAUGAGAGGGGUAGUCGAAUUUAUCUGAGAGUGGAAGGUACAAUUGAAGCUUAAUUAAAAUGUUACUUUCAGAUGUGUCACUGGAAGCAGAGUAGUAAGCACCAGGAAAAGAAGAGCCACUGAAAGGCUGUGCUGAGAUAAGUCCUGUUACUUAUUGAGGUGUUUGCCCUCCCCUAGCUGCCCAUUUACCUGUCCCAGGUGUGGUCUCCAGUAAGCUGUGAGGUGAUACAGACCCAUGGAGAGGUGGAAAACUUGGGCCAGCUCUCCUCACAGCAACCCAGCAGGAGAUGCAAGUGUGAUGGUGGGAGAGCCAGUGAGACAGCUGGGAUUUCCCUUCGCCCUCCUGAGCAGCCCAGAAGAAGACUGUAGGGCUGAGGGUCACCCAUGUGAUUUUAAAACCUUGGUGUGAGACACCAUCACCCUGCUAGGGUCUGGGACUCCAGAUCCCUGCAUGAGCCUGACAUCCAUGGGAAGCACAGCUGGGACAUCUCUCAGUGGUUCCUUUGUCUGCUGUGAAGCAAAUGCUGGUAGGGGUGCAGGUCUGCAGGGAGAAUGGCUCUAGUGGAGGACAGAGUCUUUGCGGGGGAGAAAAUCCAGAAAGAUAUUCCCCUUCUUCCCCUUACGCACAUUUAUAUCCAUUUAAAAUCCUUCCGUGGGGGCUACUGAACCUUCAGUUUAAUAAAGAAGGGAAUGAACCACUACAAAAUAGUUUUCUGGAAGGUUCUGAAAGUAGAUGCCACUUGCAUGCGGAGCUGCUCUGUGUCUAACGUGCGACUUCCAGACUUCAGUGCAUCCUGCAGCUGAGUCCCUUUGUGUGCUGUGUGGGGCCAUGGAGGGAGAGCCAGAGCUCACCACCACACCAACAGCUACAGCUUCCCAAACUACAGAAGGGUUAGGCAAGGAAGUGAGGAAAGCAGCAGCAGUGAUAGAAGUGUAAGUAGUUGUCACAGGUAAACUUUGGUAUCUAUGUACAAUGGUUAGUUCUAGAAUUGCAAGCCUUGUUAUAUUGCAUACGUCCUCCUUUCACUCUUUUCUCAAAGCAGCCAUCAUCUUUCCCCCGUCCCCACCUUGAACUGGUGUUGGGCAACACAGGCAGUUGCACCAAAAUGAUUCUCAGCCCCGUCCUGCAUUCUCCCCCUCCUACCCAAACCCAAAGCAGACCAGACAGCUGUUGGCUAUCACAAGUCUUAAUUUUUAGUAACUCCACUCGAGUUUCUUUCUUCAUGUACUAUAGCUUCCUCCACAAGCACCCCAGCAGGGCAGUACAAGAGGCUCUGACCAUGUCCCAGGAAGCUUCUUUGCCCCCUGGCAGCACCCUGCAGACAUGCACCUUACUGGGAACGUAUGGGUCAGUGCUGGUGAGAGCUGGCACUGCUGACCUCAUGCGUCACAGCUGAUGGGGAUCCACCAGGGGAAGCUGGCAGGGAGUGGCUACUGUCCCUUUUCUUUUAAAUUUGGAGGGAGAGGGGGAUAUUUUUGGCAUUUAGAUUAUUGUCCACCUUCUAGUGGCCAAGUUCUGGGCUGCAUUAAUAAUUGGGGUUGAUGGGCUGUCUGGGCAGCUUCACACCAACUUCAACAGGAAAUGUCAUGGCUGUAUCCAUGGCUGAGUUUCUCCCGUGCUGGCAAAGAGCAGGCUGUGCAUCCAGCAGCUCCAAAUGACCCGGCAGGCAGUGAGGCAGCCCUCUUCUGUGUUCAGAUCAAGUCCAUUUCAUGCCCUCAGCUUGAAAGACACUAAACCCCAAGGAAAUGCUUCCAAGGUCUCCUUCCACCACGCAGUGCCUGGUGCCCAGUGGAGGCAUUUGUGGGUCACUGAAAAUGGGAUCCUUCUGGGAUAUAUUUAAUGGAAAUGCCUUUCAGGAGAGACCUCCCAACCUUUUCCUUAAUCUCAGAACAGGGGAUGAAUUUCCAGCUGUCCUUGCAUAUAGUGAAACAUAGCUGAAACAGCCAAAUGCAAAGUAGAGUUAAAUGUAGGGUUUGACCUGAAUAACCUUUUAAUUAGGAAGAUAAAUUUGUUGUAGCUUGACCUUAGUCCAUGUUAGGAACCUGCUAAUCAUGUGACAUGCGGAGUGUAUUAAUGCUGCACUUAACUUGGCCAUUGGUUUUAUUAUCUGGUUUGGGGAGUUUUUCACUCCUGAAGCAUCAGUCUGCAUCUCGUAUGUUCUUUUCUUUCUUUUUUUUUUUU